GCAAAGCUGAACGAAGCACUUUGCCUCGCGAAUUCUCUUGAAGAACAGCGAGAUGGGUACUUCGACUCUGAUUUCUUCGACAAGGAAUUGCCUCCUCAUGCUCUUGUCCAAAACCCAGCUCUUAAAUCGUCUAAACCCCGCGCAGAUACGUACUUCGGUCCUGGGACAGUAGAGAACAUCAAAUGCCAUCUAAAUGCAGCCGACUCAGAGGAAGAAGUUGAUGCUGUUUUCGUUAACGCCAUUUUGACCGGAAUUCAGCAGAGGAAUUUGGAGCGAGCAUGGGGAAGACCUGUAUUAGACCGUGUCGGUCUUAUUAUCGAAAUAUUUAAUGCUCAUGCACAUACAAAAGAAGCUAAGCUCCAGGCAGAGUUAGCCGCUCUGAUGUACAAAAGCAGCAGACUGGUUCGAGUUCGUGGUCCCGAUGGACGGCAGACUUUUGGACAAUUUGGUGAAGCUGAAGUUGUCAGUGCCAGAGGGAGAGGAUCUGGGGGACGUGGUUUCAUUAGUGGUGCUGGAGAAACCGAGCUUCAACUUCAAAGGAGAAGAAUAAUGGAACGGAGGAAGAAUUUGCUGUCCCAAAUUGAAGAGGUCAGACGUACACGAGCAUUGCAGCGUGCUGCUCGUAAGAGACGAGGCAGAAUAGAGGGUCAAGAUUUAGCUACUGUUGCGGUUGUCGGUUACACAAAUGCU